AUAAAAAAAAGAAAAUGUCAUUGUCAAAUAUUUGACAGCUCGAAUCCGAAGGCCGUGUUUUUUUUAGAAAACCUAAGAUAUUUUCUAAAAAUUUUCUUGUAAUGAAGACUGAAUUAAUAGAAGAUAUUCUGUGAAAUUAACAUAAGCCAAUAAGCUAUUAAAAUGUCUAUCAUACGUUUGACCCGCCUGAUGGCAAGGUCUAAGGUUUUAGCACAAAAAGAGCAAGUUGUGAUUAAAAGGACAGCAACUACCACCCCCACUGGUGCUAUUCUUCCAGAACCAGAGAAAACACCCUUUGGACUAUUAGGUAUUGUGGGCGCGGUGAUACCAGGGCUACUAAUAGGAGCCGCAAUAAGUAAGAACAUUGCCAAUUUCCUGGAGGAGAAUGAGUUGUUUGUACCUUCUGAUGAUGACGAUGACGACGAUUAAAACCUAGUUUGUUAAGAUCUACAGUAUUUUGUGAUUUGCUUCUUUUAA